AUGGGAGAAAACAAGGCAGCAGAGAUGAAGCUUAAAAGUCCAGCAGAGAGUAAAGAACAGGAAGAAAGGAAGCAAGAAGCUCCAAAGAGAAGUAGUAAUAAAGACAGGCAUAAAAAGGUGGAUGGUAGAGGAAGAAGAAUAAGGAUGCCGGCCAUGUGCGCAGCAAGGAUAUUUCAGCUGACCAGAGAGUUGGGGCACAAGACUGAUGGGGAGACAAUCCAGUGGCUUUUACAGCAGGCAGAACCGGCGAUCAUGGCGGCCACAGGGACGGGGACUAUCCCGGCCUCGGCUCUGGCUGUGGCAGCUGCAGGGGGCUCUGUUUCGGAACAGGGGAACUCUGUUUCUGUCUUGAAUUUGAAUUCGAGGUUGGAUGAGUUUGGAGGAAUAAUUACAAGUGAUUGGAGACCCCAGAUGCCACCUGACGAUGGAGCAUGGUCUUUUGUGCAGAACUCGAGCUGCGAGUUGGGGAACCAAAUCUUGAAUUCUAACCCGAGGUUGGGGUUUCAUGGGUUUGAAUUCCCAAAUCCAGAAAGCUUUAGUCAGGAGGAUCUGCCAGGUUUGGAGCUUGGUCUCUCCCAGGAGGGGAGAUAUGGGACCAUCAAUUUUCAAUCAUUGCCACAGUUUUAUCAGCGGAUGGGGCAGACUGAAAACCCAAUGAACCAUAACCAAGACUCCCAAGUGGAUGAUGAUGGCCAAGACAGGAGAUGAUGAUGGUCUUAUUUGAUGAAAAAAUGGUCGGCAUUCUAAGGAGAAUCCAGACAUGGUGGUCUGCAAACUAAAUCUGCAAUGCUUUAUUUGGAGCAAAAACCGUGAAUCUUUGACACAAGAU